AUGAAUCACCUCCAGGAGAAGUCAUUCGACAGCUGGAAUGAAUCCGACGACCUCGACGUGUUCGAGGCGACGCGGUACUUCUCCGGUGCAAUCGAUGGCACGGGCCUGCAGGUAGGUGGAUUUGGCUCCCAUGGAGCUGUGACGGUCGAAGAUAGGGUGCCAAGCAGCGCGCGGAAGGGAAACUUAGAUGAGAGACUAAUAAGCAGCAGUUCCUCGCUGAUGAAAGACAAGAAGUGCAAGCAGCCCAGCUCUCCCGGUGCUAGGUUAGUCGGCCUACUCAACUCUUUCCUCCAUCAAGCGGCUUCCGGGAGGAAGCUCAAGUGUUUGAACCCCACCUCGACGACCAGAGAGCCACCGGAGGAGGGGGAUGCGAAGGAGGAGAAUAGCCUUGCGGGGAGAGAGAGAAGAAGAAGCAUCAGCCGUUCCCAAAGCACCAACAGCACUGGUUCCAAAUCCAGCAAGUUCUGUGGCAGCAGCAGCUUUACGAAUCCAGACUUGUAUCCAUACAAUUACCGUACUACUCCAUCGAUCAGUUACAAGUGCAACCGGGGCCAAAAAUCUGUCACCUUCUGCCCACGAAUUGAGGCAUGGAGAAGCACAAGCAUCACCGAGCUGCUGCACAACAGUGGAGUACAAAAGGAAAAGGAUUACGGACUCCACGGAAUUAGAACCGAGGAGAGCGAUGCGCAUGACAGGGAGAACAAAAAAUGGGUACUGAAUGACCCCGGCGAUCAGUAUCCGGGAAGAGAUUGGUUCGGGGAUUAUGAUCUUCCAUUGCCAGGGGUAAGAAAGAACUCGAUCAGAGGGGAAGAAGAAGAGGAGGAGGAGGUGUCUGACUCCAGCUCCGAUCUGUUCGAGCUGAAGAUCUGUGAUCAUGCUGUCCUCUCGGACGGCUUGCCCGUCUUCGCAACUACAGACAUCGAAGUCAUCAACAGAGCAAGUACUGCAUCUUAG